AUGCACCGAAAAAACAACAAGAAGUGGGAUAAGGAAACAUGGGAGAAGAAGAAGAAUAUGAAAAUGACAGGUAUGCGCUCGGCCACUGCGGCUGCCAAAGAACAGGCCUGCCAUGACGAAGUUGAGGAGAUGGUGGUGGGGUUAGAGGAGGCAUUGCUCUGCAAGGAGGAGAAGCAGUCACAAGUUUUCGCAAGUGAAGCGAUAAUGCGACUUAGUUGA